GUAAUAGUGGGAGUUAAAUGUUUAUUCUAUGCAUAUGUUUUGCUUUCCUUUAUUUACUGUAUGAAUCAAUAAAAAAUGUUAAUCACACACACAAAAAAACAAGUUUUUGACAUUGCACCAAUGACAUGAAAUUAGGGGACAAACAUUAUUUGUAAAUUAUUAUUUUGCUUUUUUUUUUUUUUUUUUUUUUCCACACUUGUUAGGCCUUGCACUAAUGCCUGACUUGAGAAAACAAAAUGAGUAAAAAAUAAACAUCUGUAAAGGUGGUGUACCAGCUGAAGGGGACAGGUUUUGUUUUUAUGGCUGAAGUUAAGGACAUAUGUCACAAUAUUUUGAUGAUAAAUUGUGCUGCUUUAGCUCAGAUCACACACACACACACAAAAGAAAUUAUCCUGUCCUUUACCUGUAAGGCAGGCCUCCUUUAUGCAUUUGUUGAUCAUUGGGCAUUACAAUUUCAAUUUCUCCCAUUCAUUUUAAUAAAAGUGGCCCGUCUCUGCUAAAUAGUCUCUGCCAUCACACUGGCAGCAUACUACAACCGUUAGAAUGCCAAAAAAAAAAAAAUGUUUGUUAGAACGUGCUAGCUAGUCAAUUGAAUGAACCAACGUUUUAGCUUAAUAGGUGGACUUUUCAGAUGGUCCCUUACGCAUCGUAGGUGAAUUUCGAAUUUAAAACUAACUAUACCCCGCUUAUUUGUACACAUUCAGAAAUUUGGGAAUGGGGAUUAUGAUUUGUGCACAUAUAUUAUACUUGUGUUAGUGCUACACCCUUUUCAAUAGACCCGCUUUCUCUCGUUUGUUCUCACGAGUUUACGAUAGUCACAUGCCGAACUGAACAUACGUCAUGCAGCGCCCGGCCCGCUCAAUGUUAAUACCCUUGUAAAUAUCUCUGCCCGACAGCUUUCAUUCACAACCACAUAGCGAUCGCAUUCCCACGGCAAUAUAUGCUAACUCAAUGCCUCCUACAAGAGAAGAGGACACGGAUGAGCUGCAAAAUGUAUUAAAGGAAGGAAAAGAGGAAAACGUUUAGGAUUAGUCGAGUAUGAGCACUAUUGUAAAGAUGGAGUUUAGUGAUCCAGAUCCCUGCAGGAUAAACAGUGGAGAUACUGAGGAACCAAAAGACCAAACGGAAGUGAAAGAGGAAAGUCAAGAACUGAGUGAAGUGGAUGAGAAACAGCAGCAGCAAUCUCGUUUUAUUAAUGGAGAAAAAUCUUCAAGUUGCUCUGAGACUGAAAACAAUUUAACAAAAAUAAAAAAUGAAGAUACUGAGGAACAAAGAGAAAACAUGUACCACAUAGUAAGCUUUGCAGAUAAUGAGGAAGUGGAAGUUGUUCCUGCAAUUUGGGUGAAGGAUGAUGUGUGUUUUUGGCCUCCAUACAAGAAUAACAGAAUUCAGAAAGCAAUCAAGAGUUUGGAGCAACCUCAAGAGAAUUGGACUCCAUACAUAAUCACAGUGAUUUAUACUGCAGAUAAUUACUAUGAAGUGCUAAAGAAAAUUCCUCUUAUGGAACAGCAGAUCGAUGUCUUGUCCAAAGCUGAAAAUGACUCCUUAAGGCCACCAAAAAGGAAAAUCAAACGAAAUACGGACCUGCUUACAUCUGCAGAUGCAGUACAGAAUCCAGCAACUUCAACAGCAUCCUUGAGUCCUGAAUGGUGGAGCAAAAUCUCUGGGUCACCUCAAAGGCAAGAUGUUAAUAUAUCAGAGCAGCCACAGCAACAGACUGCCCAACAAUUGUGGCAAGAGCAAAGUUGUGUCAGACCUUCCCUGGACCAGCUUAACCAAGUGUCAUGGCAACAGCCAUUGUUGGACCAGGAAGAUCCAGAAUCAUCCAUGCACCAGAGACAUGGAAACAACUUGUGCUGUCAUCCAUUCUUAGGAUCAAUUCUACAAGACCUGUUAAACAAUCAGGAAAUUAUGAAAGAGCAACAAAGGAGCCUAAUGAGGAUGGUUCAAGAUCUUCAGACAAAUAACACACAGGAGAUCAUUACUGUUAAUGAUCUGGAUCAAAGGCGCCUUCCAGUUGAGGAUCUUGCUUCAUUAAUGGCUCUAGAAAAUGACAUCAGAUCCUGUCCAGACACCAGAAGAAAAGUGGUACUUACACUAGGGUUGUUGGGUGGAGUUGAUGUGAAGGACACCGUCUGGAGAGUCAUGAAGCAGACAAUGAAAAAUGACCUUGCAAAAAUGGUCAACUGGAGAGGGGUGAAUGGAAAGACAUCUUUCCAAAGCCUGGAGCUUAAGAAUGUUGUGAUUGAGGCUGUAAGAAGGAAUCCACUGUGUGCGCAGUCAACAGCGUUUGAGGUGGAAAAGGUUAUAAGACGAUGGUUUCAUCUGGCUGGUGAUCGAGAAGGUGGAAGAAAGAGAAGAACACCUUUACAGCAUGUUAAUCCAGAGAACUGAUUUUUAGAUUGAUCUUUUUAUAAGCGGACAGAAUACAAACAUGCAACGUUGAGUAAUGUAGGAGGAAACUUGGCACAUUCGAGAAAGCCUGAAAUAAUUCUUGUUGAUCAACAAAAAUAAUGGGAAAAUUGUUUACCUACUUGUUAGAUUGUUUUGUUUUUGACAUUUAACUAUUUUAAAUUGUACUGCUUGGUGGUGAUGUCUUUUCUGCAGCACAUUCAGAUAUUCAUUGCAAAUGUUCACAGGGUUCGGACAAGGUGCUUAAACUGCUUGAAGUACUUGAGUUUGGCUUUUUCAAAUUUAAGUCCUGGAAAACCCUUGAAAAUAUAAAUUUUUAUCAAGAGGUGCUUAAAAAGUGCUUGAAUUAUAGAAAAUAAUGAACUACAUUGCAUAAAUCAUUUAAUAAAUGAAAUAUAUUUAUUUUCUGAAAAACACGACAACAGACCACUAGCACAGCGCUGAAGUAGGUAGCGGCGCUGUCACGCGGCGCUUGUUACUUUUGGCAGUGCUGUUCAGAAUGGGCCAAUUACAAUCAAUUUUUGCUGGAGGAUUUAAAAAAAAAAAAGAAAUUGUAUAGAUACUGCUGUGCCGGUUUUAACAAGUAUGAAUCCUUGAAACUAUCAGUUUUAAUAAAAAAUUACUCUCCAGAGUAAAAAAAUUAGUUGAGAUGUAAAACGUUCUGAGAUUUGAAUGCAGAUCAAUGGAGGAUUCAGUUUUGUUAGCUAUCUAGCGCACCCCUUGUGUAAAGAAAGCUUUGUGACUCACAAAAUAGGUUAUUUCUGACAACAUUUGGGUCGAUAUCAAAAUAUGGUGACAAACAUGUCCCUUGACAUGUUUUAGUCAUGAAAAAGCUUUCAAAUAGCAGAAAAAAUAAAAGGUAUUAAUAUAACCUAACCAUGAAAUGAAAUGGCUUGACUCUGUUUUGCAAAUUGUUUUGAAAAUAUAUAGGAAAUUGUCAGUUGCCUGAAAAAAUCCUUGUCCCCUUCAUCUGGUACACCACUUCUAUGACAUGUAAAGUUAUUUAUGUAUUUAUUUUGUACUUAUUUUUAAUAAAAGCAUUAGAGCAAAGCCAAAUAAGUCUACAAAAAAGCAAAAAAAAUUAUUAAUAAUGUAAAAAAAAAAAUUGUCCCUUGAUAUCAUGGCAUUGGUGUUAUCAAUAUUAAAAACCUUUUUUUUUUUUUAAUGUUUUUAAUUUUUUUGUUUUAUGCAAAAAGUUGUGGAAAAUAAUUUUUAAGGUCAAAGUUCAGAGGCUGCGUAAAUAUGCAUAUAGUGAUUUUUCCCACCAUGUUAAAAAGUUAUUAAUUCACAUUUUAACUAAUAUUUUCACAAAAAAAUUUGGUGUUGUACACCAUUGAACAUUAGUGUUAACUUUGUGUUAACUUGCUUCGUUCGUGAAACAAAAUUAAAUAAUAAAAGAACAACAGCCAAGUUGUCCUUUAUGAAUAAAAAUUUAUGUCAAAAUGUUACAAAAUGUAUACCCUCAGCAUUAAUAGGCAAAAACUGAACUGAACGGAAAAUUUCAAUAUUUUGUAAGUUGGAAAGUCACUUUUUUUUUUUUUUUUUUUUUUUUGAGAA